AUGUCUGGAACCGAAGCAGCCGGCCCUCUGAGCAAGGAUGUACUCCUCGUCUUUCUUCCCGGGGCGGAGGACACGGAAUGGACCGGGCGCAUCGCCAAACGGCACCCCGGCCUCGAGAUCAUAUGGUUCAACGCCUUCAAACCCGGCAAUGAAUUUACCAGGCCCGAGGAGUUUGACCAGGAAAUGUGGCAUAGGGUUACCAUACUGGCAACCUACCUUCCACCUCCUGCGCAUCUGGUGCCCAAGGUCCGCUACAUUCAACUCAUCUCCGCCGGCGCCGAUAAGUGGCCGAGCCACCCGAAGUAUCAGGACGAGAGAGUGCUCUUCUGCACGGCCAACGGAGCCCAUGCACCUCAGAUCGCCGAAUGGGUCAUUGGCACAUGGUUGUCGCAUGGCCAUAAGUUCCAGCGGUAUGCCAGUCUAAUGGAAACGGGCAAAUGGGAGCAAUCCUUCGAUGUAAGGGUCCAAGACUCGCCUGGCUUACGGAUGGGCAUUUUAGGUUAUGGUGCUAUCGGCAGACAAUGCGCGCGCUUAGGCAGUGCGAUGGGCUUGGAGGUCUAUGCGUACACGCGAAACGAGCGGACCACACCUGAGUCGAAAAAGGACGACAGCUACUGCGUCCCCGGGACCGGCGAUCAGGAUGGCCUCCUGCCCGCGAAGUGGUUCCACGGGCCUACCAAGGAGAGCGUUAACGACUUCCUCGCGCAAGACCUGGAUCUGUUGGUCAUCAGCCUGCCAUUGACGCCGGAAACGCAACAGAUCAUCUCGGAGGAGCAGUUCGAGAUCCUCAGCAAGAAGAAGACCUUCGUGUCCAACAUCGGCAGAGGCGGCCACAUCAACCAGGAGGCUCUGAUCAAAGCGCUCGAGACCGGCCAGAUUCGGGGCGCCGCGCUAGACGUGACAGAUCCGGAGCCUCUCCCGAGCGAUCACCCGCUCUGGAAAGCUCCGAACCUUCUCAUCACGCCCCAUAUCAGCUGGAAGAGUCUGAGCUUCUUCAGCCGGCUGUUGGCUAUCAUCGAGGCCAACCUGGAGAAUCUGGCUACCGACAAGCCUCUGAUUAAUGUGAUCAACCGCAAGCUGCACUAUUAA